GACCAAGGCGAUAAGAGCCUGGGAGGAGGCGACGUCCAGGGCAUCCAGUGGAUCACGGCACGGAACGGCGGCGGCUCCUCUCUCUUUCCCCUACCUCCAGUUCUUCCCCUUCAUCUCAUUCGUGUAUCCAGAUCUUGUAAUAGCUACUGUGAUUGAGUACCUCUGUGAGACUACUACUAGUUCGUGUGCGAGAUAUCAAGGGGAUCCUUACAUCUGGUAUACAGAGCCAGGCACCACCCUUCCCCAUCAAUUUUUUCUCCCAAUCCCUACAAUUCCACCGGCGACGACACCAUGCCCGCCGUCAAACCACCAGAGUGGGAGACCAUGUCUGCCAAGGAGCAGUUGUUGUGGUAUCUCGAGAGGUUAUGCGCCCAGGCAGAUGAGAUGAGCUCAGCGUUGGGUACUGCAAGCACGGGUGCCCCUCUAGUGGUUACCACGCUUGUUGAUCCGGCGGCCUCAACCACGACGCUCGCCUCGUCGGCGCCCGUUGCCGACGUCUCCGGCUCCACCACCAAGGCCCAGGAAGUGCUCGCGGUCACCCACUACGUGCCCCCUGCCUGUGUCACGAUGGGGCACAUCACCUGUUCGACGGAUGGCUCGAACCAAGCUGUCGCCACCAACAGCGCCAACAAGGUCACCACCGUCUGCCCCGAGCCCUUCAUCGACCUCAGCGACAAGUUCGGCGCCCUCAACAUUCAUGUGACGGCCAGCACCAACCCGCCGCUCCACGUCCAGGUUUCAUCACCAAAGUCUUCACCCGACAGCACCCACGGCAUCGCUGUUGCAGGACCGGAGGAGUACGCACUCGUGGCGGCUACUCCAGACGUCGUCCUCAAGCUUGCCGUACGCCCAAACGUCAUACUCAUCAUUCCCAGCGACCUCUCUGCACCGAUGCUGACCACCUGUUCGACGAAAUACUCUCGUCACGACACCAACCUACUGAGGUAUGUGCUCCACCCAGCUGUGGCACCCUCAUGGAUGGUGUUACGACCGAAGCCAUGGCCAUCCUUUUGGAGAGAUCAUGCAGAUGGAAACGCGAAACGGCCCAUGUCGUGGCCGUCAUUAGGUUGCUCUCAUGAACUGUAUUGGAAGCAUGUUGGGCUGCUGUCAGAAGAUACUUUUGCGAUGAAGCAUUUUUAUGGUGUUCUAAAUUCUAUGAGAGAAUCCUGGAAGUAUUUGCAAAGUAUGCAGCUGAAACUACCUUGGCCCUCGUUUUCAAGCAAUGGCCGAGCAGUACCAGUGUGGCCAGAGAUCCCCAAUGAGUUGGCUGGCACUUUUGGUCUUCACAAAAUUUGGAGUGCUAGUAAUCUUGUCCGUACAACCCAAAUACAAUGGAAAAUUUCUGAGCAUCGAGCACGGGAUCUUGCUGACCGAAACGAGGUACGGCCCAUCCCAUGGCCAUCAUUCCCAAUUGGAAGGUCCUUGGAGCUGUUGUUUUUGUUAGCCCAAGUGCAUGACUGUGGUUUGAUUGGUAUUGCAUUUCCUCUGGAAUUAUGUCAUAUUAGUGAUCUUGAGUGCAACCUCCCUCGACACUACAUAAGGAUACCCCCUGUUCAGAUUUUCUGCUUGUCGUCUUUGCAACAGAACACUGAUGAUUCAUGUUUCGCUAAGCAACUAUUACAUGAAGUCCUCUUCUAAAUUAUGUGCUCAAAAGGCACCAUCGGUGUUCAAGUUCAGUCACAAAAUUGUUCGCCUGAAGCUACCAAGUUACAUGAAUGAAGGCAUUCCAUGUGUCCAGCCAACAUAUUACCUUGAAGGAGUCUCUGCUCGAGCAUAUUUGAAACUGCGCGAAGUUUGUGCUGCUGUUGUUUGCAUGUUUGAGGGUAGUACUAUUCAGAUCUGGGUAAACCUGGGAAUAGUUUGGGCUCAAACCACAGUUUCAAAUCGGUUUUCCUAUUGGUCUCUUUUGGUUUGGAUUAAAUGGGCUGAGCUCCUAAUGUAAGCUGGUUUGGUUUGGUCUUUUCCUAUUAUCAGCUUGGUCUGGUUCGGUCUGGUCACAGACCAAACAGUCUCAAACCAUUCCAACCCAUGGACGAAGAACUAAAUUAGGGACCAGGUUAGGGUCCCGAUUAAAGCAAUCACCUUUUUUUGCUGGCAAAAGCAAUCACGCAUUGGCAAUGUCUUCCUCGUCGUCUCCACUGCUGGUGCCGAUGAUGAUGCUCCUGCUCGCCAUGGCACGUCCAUGCUCCAGCAUGGACCCGAUCGGCGCGUACUACGCCAAGAAUGGUGCCAGUGCGGAGACACAGACCAGCAUCGACCAGGUUCUGGUGGCCACGUCCCGCACGCCUCCGCCUGCUACGCCACGGCCACCGCCGGUCGCUCCUCCUUGGCGAUAUGGGGCCUUGCGCAGUGCCGCGUCGACGUCCCGCUGUAGGACUGCAUGCUCUGGUUGGCCGCAGCGGUGCGGACACGGACUACACGCUAAACCUUCUCAACACCGAGAACGCCACCGGCAUGGACUGAUGUAUCUGGCCGCGUUCAACCGAGCGCAAUGAAGCUCAUGUUCGACGACUCCAGCGAUGGUGCGAACAAGGGGCUGGCGAUGGACAUGGCACAGCUCGGUGGCGGCGGUGGUGGCGGACUGCGGGCUGUGUGUGGCGCAGGCGGUGGCCGAGCUGCCCAACUACUGCCAGACAGUGUGAUAUACAACAGUCACAUGGCGCUCUAUGAGGUGCCCCUUCUUCCCGCUCGACGGUGCCGGCGAGUUGGCCGACCAGGUCGGAAAGUGCGAACAAGAUCGUCUUAUACCGUGAUGGACGAAGUGCAGCUAGUCACAUACAGUAUCUAGCAUUAUAGCUUGUUCUAUGUACGUACGUUGUGGUGGUGAGUAACAUGCAGCAGCAGCUAAUCACCCUUCCAACACCUCUCUUCCCGUAGUAAUUGGACACGCCCUUGGUUUGAAACUUCAGGUUGAAACUGUAUGCGGGGAAUGGGUUGGAUGGGUUUGGCUUGAAAAUAUGUACAGUUUGGAUUGGUUUGGAUUAUAGCAUUUGCAAUUUGGUCUGGUCUGGUCUGAUUGUUAGAGUUAUACUUGUAUGGAUUGGGCUGGGUUCAAUCUGGAUUACAAACUAUUCCCAGGUUUAGAUCUAGGAGUUGUUUCUCUGUUUCGAGCGUCCACUGGACCAGGCAACACUCAAUACUAAACAGAUGCAGUUUGACUACAAGGACUUGCAGUUUGGUCCAUGCUAUGUACCGCAGCAAAGUGAAGAUUUUCAGUUUUAUCUGGAUCGAACAAAAUUUCUGGGUUGCAUUCCUAUUUCUGAUAAAUUGCAGGGAAUUAUUCAUAUUAUGCAUAUGUCAGUGCAUUGGAUGUUUUUGAGUCAGAAAGAAUUUAAAGACAGUGGCUGUGCUUCAAUCAACUUUCACACUAACAUUUCAUUUGAACGGUGCUCCAUGUUAGGAAACGUGAGGAAGAGAGAAUGACCGAACAGUUUUCUGUAUUGAGGAGGAGAGAGAUAUAUACAAGGUUACAUGGGCCUGGGCCUCACUCUGGACUAUGGGCCUGGGCCUGUACAAGACAAACACAACAUAUAUACUUAACACCCCCCCUAAAAACUUAAGGUGGGUUAGGAGCAUCUGAUACACCAAGUUUGAGAGUGUGAAACCUAUGCUGAUCUCUAGUUUGUGCCUUGGUGAAGAAAUCUGCGACUUGAAGCUCUGAUGGGACAUAUUGUAGCUUGACAGUGGAUUGUUGACAAUGAGAUCGAGUGAAAAAGGCAUCCACACCAAUGUGUUUGGUCAACUCAUGCUUGACCGGAUCAUUAGCAAUCUGAAUAGCAGCAGUGCUGUCACAAAGAAGAGGUGUUGGUGUAUGACAUAAGACACCAAGAUCAUCCAAUAGCCAGCGAAGCCAUACAAUCUCUGCUGUAGUAGUAGAGAGAGCCCUAAGCUCUGCCUCGGCACUGGAGCGAGACACAGC